AUGGUCAAAGCAGUUGCCGUCCUUCGUGGAGACUCCAAGGUCUCCGGUACCGUUACCUUCGAGCAGGCCUCUGAGGGUGCCGAGACCACCAUCUCAUGGGACAUCACCGGUCACGAUGCCAACGCUGAGCGUGGUAUGCACGUCCACGCCUUCGGUGACAACACCAAUGGCUGCACCUCCGCCGGCCCUCACUUCAACCCUCACGGCAAGACCCAUGGUGCCCCCGAGGAUGAGGAGCGCCACGUUGGUGACUUGGGCAACUUCAAGACCGACGGUCAGGGCAACGCCAAGGGCUCCGUCAGCGAUAAGCUCAUCAAGCUGAUCGGUCCCGAGAGCGUCCUCGGCCGCACCAUCGUCGUCCACGCUGGUACUGACGACCUUGGCAAGGGUGGCCACGAGGAGAGCAAGAAGACUGGCAAUGCUGGCCCUCGCCCUGCCUGCGGUGUCAUUGGUAUCGCCUCGUAA